UCAGUAAAUAUAGUGAUGAAGCAUUUGUUCUCUUGUAGGUAGAGCUAAGUAAAGAUGAAGUAAAGCGCCUCAUUGCUGAAGCAAAGGAAAAGUUACAAGAAGAAGGUGGCAGUGAUGAAGAGGAGGCAGGCAGUCCCUCAGAAGAUGGCAUGCAGAGCGCCCGCACCCAGGCACGACCCAGGGAGCCCCUACAGGAUGCCGACCCUGAGGAUGACCACACACUCGAUGAUGAUGAGCUGGCUGAGUACGACCUAGACAGAUACGAUGAGGACACCAGCCCAGAUGCUGAGACUCUUGGUGAAUCUCUCUUGGGGCUUACAGUCUACGGGAGCAACGAUCAAGACCCUUACGUUACACUGAAAGAUACGGAACAAUAUGAACGUGAAGAUUUCUUCAUCAAACCUAGUGACAAUCUCAUAGUGUGUGGGCGAGCUGAACAGGAACAGUGCAAUUUAGAGGUGCAUAUUUACAACCAGGAGGAGGACUCGUUCUACGUGCACCAUGAUAUCCUCUUGUCUGCAUAUCCCCUGAGUGUGGAGUGGCUGAAUUUUGAUCCUAGCCCAGAUGAUUCUACCGGAAAUUAUAUUGCUGUGGGAAACAUGACUCCUGUUAUUGAAGUAUGGGACCUUGAUAUCGUGGACUCUUUAGAGCCAGUUUUCACACUUGGAAGUAAGCUUUCUAAAAAGAAGAAAAAGAAAGGAAAGAAGAGUUCCUCCACAGAAGGGCAUAGUGAUGCUGUCCUUGACCUUUCGUGGAAUAAGCUGAUCAGGAAUGUGCUGGCCAGCGCGUCUGCUGACGGCACCGUCAUUCUGUGGGAUAUGUCCCUGGGGAAACCCGCAGCCAGCCUCGCUGUGCACACAGACAAGGUACAAACUCUGCAGUUUCACCCGUUCGAAGCCCAGACCCUGAUCUCUGGAUCGUAUGAUAAGUCCGUUGCUCUGUAUGACUGCCGAAGUCCAGACGAGACCCACCGCAUGUGGCGCUUCAGUGGGCAAAUUGAGCGGGUGACCUGGAAUCACUUCGCCCCUUGUCACUUUUUGGCCAGCACAGACGACGGCUUCGUGUAUGAUUUGGAUGCAAGAUCAGACAGACCGGUGUUCACACUCAACGCACACAAUGAUGAGAUCUCUGGUCUCGAUCUGAGCAGUCAGAUCAAGGGCUGCCUGGUGACUGCGUCAGCAGACAAGUACGUGAAGAUCUGGGACAUCCUGGGGGACAGGCCGAGUCUCGUUCACUCCAGGGACAUGAAGAUGGGCGUUCUCUUCUGUUCUUCAUGUUGUCCUGAUUUGCCAUUUGUAUAUGCCUUUGGGGGUCAGAAAGAAGGCCUCCGGGUCUGGGAUAUCAGCACCAUCUCUUCAGUAAAUGAAGCAUUCGGAAGGCGAGAGCGGCUUGUUCUGGGCAGUGCGAGAAGCUUGUCUGUCAGCGGCCCUUUCGGGGGAAGGAGCGCAGAGAGCCCAAUGGAGUCCUAGUUUGCAUCCCUGAACCUGGGCUGUGACAAGCUGGCCGCUGCCACCACAGGAGGUGACAGCUCCUUAAUUCUCACUGGCCUCCACCUCUCUCUGCAGCUGGAACAGUGACACAGCGCCAGGCUUUGUGCUUGCCUCACUCACAUGGGCGCUGUGGGGGGUCGUGUUUCUUGAAAACAGUAAUUUAAAAAAUGUUUUUUAACUAAUGAAUUCUUUAACAUCUGUCACAAUAAAUCUAAGUUUCUAAAG